GCCAAGGAGGAGACAGAGACUCAGGAGGGCGCGAGGAAGUGUCUGAGCUGAGGCUGGGGCAGGGCAGGAGGGGGUGGAGGGAAGCCGGCAGGAGUGAGGCAUCCUCCAGGGUCCUGAGGAGCCAGAGGCAGCUCCUCCUGCUGCUGGGAAGGGCUCUGGACACCUUCAGCCCUUCCCGCCUGCCCUUUGAGGCUCCAGCCAGCGGCUCAGGGCACUUGCUGAGCUGGUGACACAGCCACGGAGCUGCUACCCCCCGGGACCCCCUGCCCGACUUCCCUCCGUUCCCCAGCAUGGAAGAAGGUGGUGAUUUUGACAACUACUAUGGGGUAGACAACCAGUCUGAGUGUGAGUACACGGACUGGAAGUCCUCCGGGGCCCUCAUCCCUGCCAUCUACAUGCUGGUCUUCCUGCUGGGCACCACGGGCAAUGGCCUGGUGCUCUGGACUGUGUUUCGGAGCAGCCGCGAGAAGAGGCGCUCUGCGGACAUCUUCAUCGCCAGCCUGGCUGUGGCCGACCUGACUUUCGUGGUGACCCUGCCGCUGUGGGCCACCUACACGUACCGGGACUACGACUGGCCGUUUGGUGCCUUCGCCUGCAAGCUCAGCAGCUAUCUCAUCUUCGUCAACAUGUACGCCAGCGUCUUCUGCCUCACCGGCCUCAGCUUCGACCGCUACCUGGCCAUCGUGAGGCCAGUGGCCAAUGCCCGGCUGAGGCUGCGGGUCAGCGGGGCCGUGGCCACGGCGGUCCUGUGGGUGCUGGCCGCCCUCCUGGCCGUACCGGUCAUGGUGUUCCGCUCCACCGGCACCAUCCUCCACCUGGAGAACAGCACCAGGGUGCAGUGCUACAUGGACUACUCCAUGGUGGCCACCCCGAGCUCCGAGUGGGCCUGGGAGGUGGGCCUGGGGGUCUCGUCCACCGCCGUGGGCUUUGUGGUACCCUUCACCAUCAUGCUGACCUGCUAUUUCUUCAUCGCCCAGACGAUCGCCGGCCACUUCCGCAAGGAGCGCAUCGAGGGCCUGCGGAAGCGGCGCCGGCUGCUCAGCAUCAUCGUGGUCCUGGUGGUGACCUUCGCCCUGUGCUGGAUGCCGUACCACCUGGUGAAGACGCUCUACAUGCUGGGCAGCCUGCUGCACUGGCCCUGCGACUUCGACAUCUUCCUCAUGAACGUCUUCCCUUACUGCACCUGCAUCAGCUACAUCAACAGCUGCCUCAACCCCUUCCUCUACGCCUUCUUCGACCCCCGCUUCCGCCAGGCCUGCGCCUCUGUGCUCUGCUGGGGCCAGAGCAGGUGCGGGGGAGCCUCCCACAGCAGCAGCGGCGAGAAGUCGGCCAGCUACUCGUCGGGGCACAGCCAGGGACCCGGCGCCGGCAGCGGGAAGGGCGGAGAGCAGACGCAGGAGAAAUCCAUCCCCUACAGCCAAGAGACCCUCGUGGUUGACUAGGGCUGGAAGCCCGGGAGCCUGGUGUCCUCUGCCCCAUCCCAGCCUUUGCCCUUGCUCUCUGCACCUUCUCUCUCGCACUUGACUCCUUUCCCCGUUCUCUGCCUCCGACUCAUCUUGUCCUCCUCUCCCCUUUGUUCUUGUUCGGAGGUUUGUGGUUUAGUGGAAAGAGACUGAGCCCUGCAGACCCGUGCUUGGCCACUCAGUCUCUGUGAGACUGACCUUGCCCCCGUCUCUUAAACUCUCUGAGCCUCAGUUUCUCUGUGUGUGUAAAACGGAGAAACUAAAAUGAUGUGUGUCCUGGCUCCAUAAAAGUUCAUUUCCCUCCAGCCCUUUUCUUGGAUCUCCAGCUUGUUUUUCACCCUCAUUUCCUUUCAGUUUUCUCACCCCCUUCCUCCCUCUGUUCCCCACCCCCCCCUGCAAUUUUUACGUAGAAUCCUUGCCUUCUGACUCCCACACCUCCCCCAAAGCUUGUCCUCUUUGUUCCGUCCUUCCUUUCCCUUUUUACCUCCUUGUUCUGAACAGCUCCUAAGGGUUAAAAAUCCUGAAGCUUGCAGACACUGCCCACAAGUUCUUUGUCCUGUUCCCUGAGAGCCCCGGCUAGGGAAUGGGUCACGUGGAGGCGGGCUGGGCUGGGUAGCAGCAAAGUUACAGCUCAGCUCCCGUCUCUGCAGCUGGGAGCUCCAGUGCUUCCCUCCAAACUGGAUCAGUUGGCUGUCAUUUCAGGCACUGGCGGUACCUCCCUUCCUGAAGCCCCUCUGUGAUUGCCAACUCGUUAAGCUUUCUGCAGAUUUCCUUAGACCCUUUCAUUCAUCGUCUAUUUCCUGUGGGGACUAGGGAGGCAGUGGGGUUGAUGAAGCAGCAGGCUUCUUGGUUUCAUGAUAGGAAUGGGGCGUUGGGAAGGGAAAAAGGAGAAAGAGGGGGAGUCUGCAUUUAGUCUAAAUGCUACUCGGGUUCCCUCCCCACAUCCUCAUCCCUGCAUCCUCCUCCAGAGCCGUGAGCUGCAGGUCUCUCGCUGUCUCUUCACACCAUCCCCACGUCGCCAGGAUGUUUUUCUUGGGCACUGGUGUGACUGGGUGCCAAGGGUCUCAGUGGGGGUAGGGACGCUUGCUUUGUGUGUGUACAUAUGUGUAAACAAGGAUGAGCAUCACAUGAAGAGCCGUGUGCCUGUGUUGCUUGUCACUUGGAUGAGCACCCUGCUCUUUGCUGCAUCUCUGCUCUUCACCCAAUAUCCUUGACGGAAGAAGGGACAUACAGAGGCAAUUUAGAAUGAAGAUGAGUCCACCCCCACUGGAUUUGGGGGCUCUGACGGCUGGUCCGUGCUUUAAGAGAGAAGUCUGUGUUUGCGCCCAGUCUCCCUAUAGGGAGAUCCCCUCCCCAAAGCAGCCGAUGCCCAAAGCUUGGGGAAGUCCUGUGUGCGAGUCCCUAUGACUGCUGUCCCUAGUUCCAUGAUGGAAAUGGGAGGCAGGUUAAGAGCUUCCCUUGACCCCUUUCCCACGCCUGCCAACCUUGCUUUGAAUUUAUAAGCAUCUCCUUCAUCAGUCUUUAUUUUUCCAGGGUCAGUGGCCCUCUUCCUAAAGGGGGCAUCUGCUUGCCAUGGGGUGAAAAGUACUGGGUGGGUUUUUUCUCACCUCCCAUCAGGAUCAGACCGCUUGGCUUCUCCUGCUGGGCUGGGGGGCUGGGAAUGAGGGCUGGAGCAGCCAUGGCAGGGCUGACGGCAUGACAGCCACACCAAGAGAGGCUCUGAGGGUGAAGAUGCUGGUGGGGCUUUGUGCCCUUUGUGUUGAGGGCGGGGUGUGUAUAUUCCGGGUUUUGUUCUUGGAGGACUCUGGAUGUGAAGGACAACUCACAAGCCAUGGAGGCAGGAAGAGCCCAGCUUGAUGUCAGUGCACAUCUUGACGUUGGCUGGGAUGGAGCCAGCUCUGGGAGCAGCGGGAGGGGGAGGAGGGAAGGGGCUUCUGGCAGCUUAUUCUUCCCAUCUCAGACCAGAAUCUCCCACAGACUCACUUUCUCAGCCCAAGGCUGUCCCCAAAGCCUACAAUCAAGGCUGGAGCAAGCUUCCAGAAGGGAAGAGAGUGCCCCUCUGUGGCCCCAUCAGUGGUCCUGGACAGAUGGUGGAAGAGGCUGCUGGCUGUCCCACUCACCCCUUCUUUGGAAUGUCUGUGCUAUUUUUUGACCUUGUUAGUCAUUGUGGUUCAUCAAAUAAAUCUUUUUUUGUG